ACCGCUUUCGUCGCCUCGUAACUCCUUAUCCUGCUGUAUGACAUCACUUUGGAACGGAUACGGGCGAAAUUGCCUUCACCCACAAAGUUUACGCGUCUCAUACAUUGCUGUUGUUUUUUUUUGCAAACUAAAAACCAUUAAAAGGAGGUGACUAUAAGGGGAAUCACGUAUGCUCGGCGCUCGUUUGACCGUGUACACUUCCUACAAGACACCAUAGAAAAAUAUUCAUAAAAACAAAGUCAAUAGUGAAAACUUUCCAACGAAAAUGGCAAUGGCACUACUAUUAAAGGUUCUGGUGAUAGUGAGCGUGAUGUUGUACAAUAAAGGUGUACAAUCAGCAACUAGAAUUAAAAGACUCAGUUUGGCAGAACCAAUGCCGACACAUUACUAUGGACAAGGUGGUCCAGGAUCUUAUUCUUUUGGAUAUGAAGUGUCCGAUCCAGAAACGGGUAAUAUCCAGUAUCGAAAGGAGGAAAGAUUUCCAAACGGAACCGUGAUAGGUAGUUAUGGAUACUUGGAUCCCUUUGGACGCACGCGCAACUAUCAAUAUGUAGCUGAUGGAGAUGGUUACAGGGUCAUAAGCAACACACCGAGAGAAGAUAGUUUUGAAAUAUUCAAUGGUCAAAAAGCGAGUACUGAAUCUUCUAUCACUUGGACGCGGCCUGCUAAGAAAAAGAAGAAAACACAAGAAGCAAUGCCAACAAAUGUUUUAAACUUGCUAACAAACAAGAACAAGUACUAUCAACUGAAACCGCCAAGCUAUUAUGCGAUAGAGUAAAGAGUACAAAAUGGUAUAUACAAUUGGAAAUAUACCAAUAGUAUGAAAAAACACACAAAACAACUGUGAUUUUUUUCUUUUAAAUUAUUAAAUUGUUACAAAAAUCUCUGACGUUUAUACAAAAACUAUUUUGCAAUUUAGAGAGCAUACAAGACAGCUGUCAAUAUUAAUAAAAAUGUCCGAAUGUGUUUAAUAAAAAUGAUAUUAAAUAAAC